GUCCCCAGGGCUCCCCGCGGGGACGCUUCCUCGUCCCCAAGGCGCCUUUCCGGCCCCUGUGACAGAGUUCCCCACGGGUCCCCAGGACCCCCGGCCGCGGGUCCUUCCCGCCCUACUCCGCGUUAGGCGCCGGCCGGGCCAGGCUGACCGUCCCUCGGUCUGGAAGUUACAGCCCAACCGAAUGCACCACCGCGUCCCUGCUUGAGUCCUGCCCUGAGGGAAGCCCUGGCCAGUGCGGCAGCAAGGCUGUCCCACCGAGGUGUCCCUCGUUCCGGCCCCGUGCCUCCUCCCCUCUGCGGUGCAGCAUCCCCAAAAGCCUGGGCGGGCGCCCCCGCGCCCUGCGUCCCCGCGUCCUGCGGUCCCCGCACCCUAUGUCCCUGCGUCCUGCGUCCCCGCGUCCUGCGGUCCCCGCACCCUAUGUCCCUGCGUCUCCGCGCCCUGCGGUUCCCGCACCCUGUCCCUGCGUCCUGCGUCCCCGCGUCCUGCGGUCCUCGCACCCUAUGUCCCUGCGUCCCCGCGCCUGGCGUCCCUGCACCCUGCGUCCCCGCGUCCUGCGGUCCCCGCACCCUAUGUCCUUGCGUCCUGCGUCUCCGAGUCCUGCGGUCUCCGCACCCUGUGCCCCCCACCCAGCCGUGCAGACCCCGGUCACAUUUCUGCGCGCGAGCCGGCCGGGCGGCGCUCGCUGUAGGCGCAGGUGGUCAUGGUCGAGGCGCCCGCCUCUCGUGUCUGGGCCCUGCCCUCUGGCUUCAGCCCUGCCCACUCCUCCGCCUGCCCGCUCAGCCCCGCCUGGCCACGCCUGGGGACCAGUGUUUGCAGGGCUCGGGAAGGACUCUCCAAGGGAACCUGGCAACCGCUCCCGCCCCGCAGCCCGGCGACAACCGAGGCAGCCCCGCCGCUUGCUGGACUCUGCAGCCUGGGAGCGGCCUCUUCUGCGGGCUCUCGGGGGCCACUGAGGCUGGUUUCCAGGAGGGUUGUGACAUGCUGGACUCGUCUGUGGCGGAACAAAUGACCCGACUGACGCUGAGACUCUUGGGACAGAAGCUGGAGCAGGAACGAGAGAACGUGGAUGGGGACUCUGAGGGCCCCCACCUCCUGCCAGGAGAGCAGGACGGGCCGGAGGACGCCCUGCGCAGAGCUCUGAGGAGGAGGAAGGACCUUCUGCAGAGGCUCCGGGAGCAGCACCUCCUGGAUGAGCUCGCCCAGGCCCACUCCUGGAGGGAGCUGCACGGAGGAGCCCGAGGGCCAGCUCUGCCCCCAGAGGUGCCCCACGCCUACCCCGUCGUCACCUCCCCACCUCCACUGGCCCCAGAGCCACCUCGGAUCAUCCAGCACCCGGUCCCACAGCCUCCGGCCACCAUCAUUCAUCAGUUGCCUCAGCAGCCGCUCAUAGCACAGAUUCCUCCUCCCCAGGCCUUCCCUACUCCAAGGUCAGGAACCUUUAAGGAAGACAUGGUGGACCUGCUGCUGCUGCAGAGCGCCCAGGCGCACCAGAUCCUGACGCACAGCCUCCUGCUGCAGGCCCUGCCCCGCCCCGCCCCCCAGGCAGGCGCGCCGCAGGCUCCGACCAGGGGACCUGGGAAUUUCUGCGCCGCGAGGCCGAGGCCGCCCGCCGCGCCCCGACAGCACCGACUCCGGCACCGGCACCGGCACCAGCACCGCCACGCCUGAGCGCGUGGGAGGCAAGAUGUUGCCACUGUUCAGCCACUCGCUGGAGUCCGGUCCCCUCUGGCGAGCUCCUGCGGGGGGGACAACUGAUCCCACCUGGACUGACAGGUCUGAGCUCUGCCUGAACCCGGCGGAGCUGCAGUGCUGACCUCUGCCUCUCUCAGAACCAUCUUUCUGUGCACUCUUGGAUGUGAUUCCAGAGACCGUGAUGCUCUUGUUACAAAAGCAUGAAUUAAAGGUCUGACACCAUA